AUGAUCGAUAAUGAUAAAAUUCCGACGCACUCCCGCCAUCCUUCGCUUCCCGCCUCCAAGUGGCGUCCGGCGACCAUCCUCAACUGGGACGCUGACGGACAGCUGAGCGUGUCUGGCUCCUUCAUCGAGGUCGUUCAGUACUUCCAAAGCAAUCUCAAUUUCUCCUGCAAAUGGGCGCGAUCCAAGGACGAGACGUGGGGCGUGCGGCGCCCCGACGGCUCGUGGAACGGCAUGGUGGGGGACCUCGUGGAGGGGCGUGCCGACGUGGCCGUGGGCGUGGCGCUGAGCCCAGACAGAGACAGUUCGGUGGACUUCACGCUGCAGAUCAACGAAGGAGGUUACUACCUCAUCAUCCGACGACCCGGCCUCAACACGGGCCUCACGUGGUCGAGCUACACGCAGGAAUUCUCCACGUGGUCUUGGGUCUCGGCCGGCGUCACCCUCCUGCUGCUGGCGUGCGCUUUCUCCGUGGUCACCGUGCACCAGCCGCGGAGUCCCAGCGCCGUGCCCUUCCCGGAUGCUCUGCUCACUGUCUUCGGCGCCAUGUGUCAGCAAGGAUCGACUUUCCAAGCCCGCGGAACGCCAACUCGCAUCGCCUUCCUCACGAUCUUCCUCUUCGGCACCGUCCUCUACAUCUUCUACUGCACCUUCCUCAUCUCGGCGCUGUCUGUGGUGAAGAGCAACCUCCCCUUCACCAACCUGGCCGGACUCCUUCGGGUUGGGACGCACCAGCUGGUUGUCGCGUCGGGAACCAUCGUGGAGGCGACGAUCAAGACGUCAACUUCCCCCUUGUACAAAAGAGCGUGGCAGAACAUUCUCGACGGAGACCCAGACAGCUUCGCCAGCCACUACACCGACUGUGCUCUGCGUGCUUUGAAGAAAAGACACGCUUGCCUGCUCGAGAUCUCUGAGUAUAUGUAUGAACACAGCAAGAAUCUUCAGCUCGUUGCUCUCACAGAAGAGAAGUAUGGGCGAUUCAGUGUUGGAAUCGCGGUGGCUGACAAGUCCCCUCUCAAAGACCUGUUUAAUGUGCAACUCGUGAGGAUGAAGAUGACCGGAAUCCUCGACAAGAUCAUGACGAAGUGGAGGAUCGAGCCGCCCGGUCUCCGCCUCCACCUCCGUCCCCGCCAUGAGCAUGGGGUCCAUGGCGUCAGCCUUCGUCAUCAUGACCAUCGGCGCCCUCCUGGCUCUCGGGUCCUGGCGGCGAGGUCGCCGUCUGGAGGCGGUCGGGCGCGGCGGCGAGGAUCACUGCGAUCCUUAGCCUUGAUUCCUAAUCUUAAUCCACGAUUUCCAUCAAAUCGUCGUAACAUGCGGCACAUGUCAGUCGUCCUUGGACUGCUAUCCUCAUCUCUCACCCUAACCUCAGACGCCUAG